AUGCUUUCAAAGCCUCUCCUCCUAUCGACUGCGGCAUCAUCCUUAUUCCUAUUGCUGCUGCCAUUCCGCCUAUUGAAGCUUCGUCAAGAAACAGUCAAGGUCGUUCCGGAACAUCGCGGCCAUGGCAAAGUUAUCGUUGCAAUAAUCUUAAUCUUUGUUCAGUCAAUUAUUCUCGCCACGAGCGCAUUCUCGACAUCUCGACUGGGAAUUGAUCUAGCUUCUGCCAUUGCGUCCUUGGUAGCAUGCGUGGGCCUCUGCCCGCUGCUCUUCCUAGAGCACACCAGGUCUGUUAGACCAUCGGAUCUCGCCAUCGUCUACCUGCUUGUAACUUUGGCUUGCGAGCUGGUCGAGUUAGGAGCCGGGGUCUUUGACAAUGAAUCCGCCGCGAUUGUCGCCCCGGCCCUUGCAAAUCUUUGCGUCAAGGGUGUGCUCCUUAUUGUUGAACUUCGAGGGAAACAACCGAUCCUGCAAGGUCCUCGUGACCAGUGGUCUCCUGAGGAAUUGUCCAGCAUUUUAGAUCGAACCUUCUUCGGAUGGAUCAACCCGAUUCUCGCCCGAGGGAACAAAAACAUUCUGACUGGGGACUCGCUCCCCGUGAUGGACAACAAACCCGAGAAGGUGUUGACGCUACCCAAGGCUCUGUUACGUAGUAUACUGCCGCACUUUCUCGCGCCCAUCAUCCCUCGUUUUUUUCUCAUCGCGUUCCGCUACGCUCAGCCAGUCCUCAUCGGCAUUGCCAUCCGCUCUAUAAACAGGUCAUCCGAGGAAUCUCCAGAGGGCGGGUACUCGGUUGUGUCAAUGGCUGUCGUCGUCUAUGUGGGCUUGGCUAUCUCAAAGGCUGCAUAUCAGCACCGUCUCAACCGCCUAAAGAUCAUGAUCAGAGGUGCUGUCGUCGGUCUCCUACAUGACAAGUCGCUCAAUCAGCAGUCUACCGACUACGACGAUGCAAAAGCGGUGACUUUGAUGAGUACAGAUACAGACAACGUGGUUCAAACCGCCUCCAUGUUCCACGAAACGUGGGCGCAUAUCAUCGAGGUUGCGUCUGCUCUCGUCUCGGUAAAGAGCCUGAAGAUGCUUGGUAUCCUAGCCUAUGCAGAAUCGCUGAUCCAGUCUCUGCGCCUUCGAGAGCUGGGUAUGGCUAAGAAGGUUCGGAAGAUGAUGGUCGCGUAUAAUGCGAGCGCAAACGCUCUCGGUAUCUUAUCUCCCAUCUUCACGCUCGUACUGUACGUUAUUGUGGCGAGACUCUAUGGUUCCGCACUCGAUGCCGAGACCGCGUUCACGACCACUGCGUUACUCGGCUUGGUGACACACCCUGCAAAUAUGAUCAUGACGAUUGUGCCGCAAGCCGUAGGCUCACUAGCGGCUUUCGAUCGAAUACAGCAAUACCUCGCGCAGCCACCCCGGGAGGACCAGAGACUCCUAUUCAACAAAACAGAAGACAGCCUCAUCGACGUUUCACCCGCCAUAUCGUUGGAAGCUGUAACUGUGCAAGGAUAUACUCCGUCGAAACCUCCAGUCCUCAUCAAUAUCAAUCUGGCCAUCAACAAGGGAUCGAUCGUCAUGUGCUCUGGGCCGGUCGGGAGUGGCAAGACAACGCUUGCCAGAGCCCUCUUGGGUGAAGUUUCCACAGCUUCUGGGACGAUAUCGGUGUCAACGAAACGUAUUGGGUACUGUGAGCAGUCGCCUUGGUUACCCAGCGGAACCCUCAAGCAAGCAGUCUGUGGUUUCCUUCCGGAGGAACCAAGCUGGUACCAAGAGGUCAUUCAGCUAUGCUGCCUCGAUGAAGACCUCUUGGCACUUCCCAACGGAGAUAAUACCAUGAUAGGAAGCCGGGGCUUGAACCUUUCUGGAGGGCAGCGACAGCGAGUGGCUCUUGCCCGAACUAUAUACGCCCGCUGUGAGAUCGUGAUUCUGGACGACAGUUUUAGUGCUCUCGAUGGGAAAACGGAAAGUCGAAUUGUUGAAAAGCUCCUCGGUUCCGGAGGUCAUUUCAAGAAGACGGGCACUACUGUCUUCCUCGUUACCCACUCUACUGCGCAUUUCAGCUCGGCAGACCAGCUGGUUGUUCUCGGCGGCGGCACAGUGGCGUACCAGGGAACGUGGACUGGCUUGAGGCAAGAUCCCAAAUAUGCCGCACUCAAAGUUAACAUCAGUGAGACACGGGAUGAUACUAUUGAGGAGCAGCCCCGGGUGGACAAGACUGUGCAAAACCAGAACCUCAAGCUGGCCGAAGCUGCUUCCGAUCUCAGCAGGGUAACGGGGGAUAUUUCUCUCUAUAGUUACUACCUCCAGGCCGUGGGCCUCCGGAACUUCCUAAUCCUUGUCGCUUGCACCUCGACUUAUUCGUUCUUCGUAACGUUCCCCCAGUACUGGUUGCAAAAGUGGACAGAUGCCCCAUUAUCCCAGACAACCUUUUACAUCGGCGGCUAUCUUUUCUCAUCUCUGCUGGCAUGGGUUGCUACCAGCGGGACGGUGUGGUCCACAAUGAUGCUGAUUGCGCCCGCUUCUGGCAUCGAACUACAUCGCCGCCUACUCUCGACCAUCAUCGGCGCCCCAUUGUCGUAUUUUUCAAAGACUGACACAGGAGUCACGUUGAAUCGUUUCAGUCAAGACAUGCAGUUAGUAGAUAGGCAGUUGCCGCCGGCCAUCAUGUCCAUGUCAACUCAAAUCUUUAAGCUGCUCGUACAGGUGGUUUUGCUAGUCACCGCGCAGAAGCUGCUGGCCCUAACGCUACCCCUCUGCGCCACGGUUGUGUACCUCGUGCAACGGGUGUACCUACGUACCUCGCGGCAAUUGCGCCUGCUGGAUCUCGAGUCGCAAUCAGCAGUUUACUCGAGCUUCCUCGAAUCAGUCGAGGGCGUCACGACCAUCCGAGCCUUCGGCUGGGAGGGACAAGCCGAGCACGCCAACGUUGUCUGUCUCGAUGAGUCCCAGAAGCCGGCCUAUAUCCUCUUCUGUCUUCAGCAGUGGUUGGGAAUCGUUUUGGAUCUCAUGGUUGCUGCGAUUGCGACCGGUCUCAUCGCGAUUGCAGUCUUUUUCAGGGGAACGACGACUGGCGGACAGAUUGGCAUGGCGCUGAAUAUCGUGUUAGUUGCAAACACGACCCUUCUUAGCCUCGUAACAUCCUGGACGAAUAUGGAGAUCUCUUUGGGUGCUAUAUCUCGCUUGAAGACGUUGGAGGCCGAGACGCCGAAAGAGGAUCAGCCGCACGAGGACUUCGUGCCUACGGAGGCAUGGCCGUCAUCUGGAGCUGUCGAAUUCGACAAGGUCACUGUGUCAUACAAUCCCGAUGCAGUAGCUCUGCAAGACAUCACCAUGAAAGUCUCUCCGGGCCAGCAACUCGUCAUUUGCGGUCGAACAGGCAGCGGCAAAAGCACUAUGCUACUCACCCUCCUGCGCCUCUUGGACACGGAGGCCGGGAGUAUCAGGAUUGACGGGGUCGACCUGCGUCUUGUCCCGCGUUCGUUGAUCCGGCAGAAGUGCUUCAUCACGCCCUCUACUUCUCUCCCGGACGAAACAAUCGUCACGGCUCUUCAGAAAGUCAGCCUUGUGUCACACUUCCACCUGGGAGACACAAUCUCUGAGGAAGAAAUCCAUCACGCCUUGGACAGCCCACUGUCUUCCCUACCGCAAAUGUCCACCGGCCAAGCGCAGCUAUUCGCGCUGGCUCGAGCGCUCGUCCAACUCCAAUCUAUCAACCACUCCUCUAACCCAGCAGAAUACGAGCCGGAACGUCGACAAAUCAUGCCUAUCCUGCUACUCGACGAAGCCACAUCGUCGCUCGAUGCCGAGACCGAAUCGACCAUACGCAACAUCAUCCACCAAGAGUUUACGGAGAAGGGGCACACGGUCAUUGCCAUCACGCAUAGGCUGGGUGGCGUGACUGAAGGCAUGCGGCCGGGGCGAGAUGCCGUGGUCUUGUUGUCAAAGGGCAAGAUUGAGAAACUUGGUGAGGCGGAGGAUGUCUUGGACAUGGCAGCUCCGCGGGAGUAG